CCAUUGCUGCGCAUGCGCGCGCUGAUUGUUCUUUAACCCUGGCUGGCUGCUGGUGGCUGCUCUCUGUGAUCUCUUGUUUUUUCCCACCUGUGGGUGCGAUCUAGAGACUACCUGACUGAAACAUGGUGAAGAACGGUGGUUCUCGCUUCUUUUUCGGCCUCAUGGUGAUCCCAUGCGUAAUCCUGUGCUUUAUAUCGGUCGUCUCGUUCAGCACAUUUGCCGCUGAGAACAACAAGAUCAAGAGCAAAGUGCGGGCGGGAGACUCGAGCGGAGACUACUGCAUCUUGUUUGCGAAGAAUGAAGGCGAGUCCAAGGAAGGAGGUACGACAUACCAGGACAUAAUACUGGGCGAGGACGGUCCGUGUUCCUUCGCCAUCUGGGGGCAGGUGACGGUCUGCUUUGCGAGUAUCUUGCUGGGGACUCUGUACACGGUGAAGGCUCUGGUUGGAGUGAAAGUGCUCUCCUGCUUUACUUUGUUUGAGACGGUUCUCCUGAUAAUAACUGGAAUCCUGGAUUUCGUGGUGGCAAUAGUGAUCACUGCAGGACUAGACACGACAUGCCGCUCCUUUAGAGCCUCAGGAUCAUUAUGUGGGUAUACAACUCUCUAUGUGAACCACAACCAUAACGACAAAAUCAAGUUCUACCCAAACAUCAAUGCUUCUAAGGCUACUGCUUGGAUUGGGACGGUGAUACUGGGUAUCCUAGCCAUACUGCACCUGAUAAUGAUAUGUGCCUACUUCCGCAAACUGGGCAAGCGAGAAGAUCCUCCUCCGUAUGAGCCCAUGACAACUGAAGACGGUGACACAGAGAAAACGCCAGCAGCAGUGUAACCCCACAGCAACACAAUUGAACAAGAUGAUAGCUUUGUUUACCCCUUAUAUGCGAUGUGGAUCACUACGCCCUCCCUUUCAUAAUGUGUAUUAUACAUGUCAACGUUCCCUUUCAUUCGAUGUACACCUAUAGACUUUGAAAUGGUGGUUGAGUUUUGUGUGCGUGUGGAUCUUGUACUGGGAGUAGAGUCCGCCACUGGAGGGAUUGGUGUAACAGAAGAACACACGACCAAUCCGAGAGUGAAGGAGCGCCAUGCUGCACAUGAUGCAGGGCUCAGCUGAACAGUAGGCGUCACAGCCAGUACAGAGAUACUGGAGCUUGGGACGUUUGGCUGGAGGACAAUCUCCUCUCUCAGUGGCCACAC